UGCACUGUGCAUUAGUUUAGUACUGCAGUGCUAAAAGAAGCAAAAAACAUGCUUUGUCUUAAAUAAGAAUGAUGAGUUUUGGUCUUUUGCACAAGAUAUCGUAUUGAUCUACUUAUUUUGUGCAUACUUGAAACCUGCUAGUACUGUAUAGCAUGUGCUUAAGUCUUGUUACAACACAUGUCAACAUAAAAAUGUAGUUUUCAAUAUGUUUAUUAGUGUUGCAUAAUGAGUCAUUAGUAAUGUUACCAAAUUGCUUGGUAUUGAAUUUGAGUAAUGUCGCUGAGUUAUGGAUUGCCCACAAUUAGAACUUAACAUUUUGAAAAACAAAUCUCACUUUAAUAAUGCUGAUUUUCAGUUUCACUCUAUGCAUGUUUAAUUAAAAUAUCACACAUUUUACCAUUAUUCUAAUGAAUGAAAAGCGUAUGCUGUCUUUUUGAGCUAUCCUUAUGUGAUAUUAUGUCAGUAUCAAACACUGGGUGGAUCAGUCACAAACUGGCCAGUAACACUCAGAAAAGAGAGAUUAGUAUUCUGCAAAACUGUUUGUAGACAACAAUGUAGUCAACUACCGUCAGAUAAGCUAUUCAUUUGAACAGUUAAAAAAAAAAGAACAGAAAAGUGAUAAGAACAGUGAUAAAAUGUUAUAUAUAAAAUUAUAAAAUUUUUGAUAUAAAAGUAAAAACUAGACAACAUCGUAUGCUUCAUAAAUCCACUAAAAUACAAAGUGUAUGCGUACAAGCCAAAAAAGGAACACAAGGCCUCCAUAUCCAGCAUGCGUCACGCAGUGGUUUGAAUUGAAAUUAGGGAAAUUUGACCAAAAUGCCCAGCUGCUGUGUUCAGUAGAAAAUACAAUAUUACAGAAAAGACAUUCACACAUUAACAUAUUAAUCAACUCCAACUUCUUUCAUCGUGUUUGGUCAACCAGACACAACAGAAAUGAAACAGAUUUCAUGUUGCUGACACGAAUAAUGUGAAAGCCCCGUUCACACGUUUGUCAAGUCUAACAUAUACGGUUAGGAUACAACAGGUGAAAUCAUUUGCUCACCGCUACAGAAAUGUUUAAGUUGUGACUCAAUACAAAUUUUAACUGAAAAUCAUCACUCACAAUAUGAAUGUUUUUGGCAUGAGUAGUUAAUUAUAUAUCUGCCAGUCCACUGCAUUGACCUCCAACACUUUAAUGUCAAGCUGCCGUCUCGCUCUCCUAGUUUGAUAAUCCAUUUACAGCGGAGGGAUUGAUUUACCCAAUUUUGCAUGCCUGUAGACGUGGUGUCAUGGUGCUCGUUCCAAAAUGUCAUACCAUGCUCAUCAUCACAUGCAAAUCAAGGCUACUGCAUAUACUCAUGGACUGAUUAAGUUGAAUCACCUAUAGUCAGCACAUGUCUGUGUUGAUCAAUAAGCAUCCUCCCUCUCUCCUUCUAUCACCUUGUCAACAGUGAGGAUGUUAAAAUGCCAGUCCACGGGCUCACUCCCAUCCUGCUCUGCUUGUUACCCAUGUGGAGAAUCUUGACGCCGGUCUCAAGUCAUCCACAACACAGCCAGUGCCAGCUGAUACAAAGAACGGCUCUCUGCAACAAUGGCAAGCUCUCCUCUGUGCCUGCUGGACUGCCCGACAACUUAGAGGAGCUUCAGCUCAACUACAAUCACAUUCAAACACUACAGGACAACUCGCUCCUCCGUUACCCCUCACUAAACACCCUGAGCUUAGCUUGUAAUAGUUUGGAAAAAUUAGAAUCAAACACUUUUCAACACUCAAAAUUGUUAGUAAGCCUCAAUUUAGCAAACAACAAUCUUCAUAUUGCCUGCCAAGAAACUAGCCACGCAUUAAAGACUCUACCCAGGCUUAGAGCUCUGGAUCUCUCCGAGAAUGUGCUCGAGGACGAAAUGGUGGCCACUCUUCUCCAAAAUCUGACAUCCCUGGAGUACCUCAAUCUUUCUGGAAACUUAUUGCAAAGACUGGAUGAGACGUCAUUCAGAAAUCUUCACCAACUCAAAGAACUCGACCUACAGAGAAACAUCAUGUACGAGAUUGAUGGCGCUUUCGACGGCAAUCCAAAGCUCCAGCGGCUCAACUUGGCCUUCAACUAUCUGCUUUGCCUGACAGACUUUCAUAUGACCCAGAUGGUGGUCCUCAACGCCAGCCACAACUUCAUUGAGUGGUUCGUCACCAGACCAGACCUUAACGACACUUUUCAGCUAGAGACACUUGAUCUAUCAAACAACAAAAUGCUCUUCUUUCCUUUCUUGCCCAACCACAGCCACCUGAGGAAUCUUUACCUAUCCCACAACAGCGUUAGCUUUUACGAACACUUGGCAGACAACAGCACAUUCCCGAACUCCACCACAACUGUUGAGUUCUACAACAUGAAGAAGUACAUGGGCAACGUGACGGCUCAGCUGUGGAACGAGAGCCUUUACGGGGACAUCUCCUCUCUAGAGAUUUUGGACCUAAGAGGAAACCAGGUGAGGUAUUUUCCUGAAGGAUUCAUCCAGAAAAUGCCUGCCCUGUCUAGACUUCAAAUGCGCACGAACUGUCUGGAAACCUUAAAUCUAGCGUCGGAACAGUUCUCUGGCAGCUUGUACGAGUUGGACCUUAGCAACAACAGGCUGAACCAGAUCGUUGCAGAUAGAAGUACGCUGACCGCUCUUGGCAAUCUGACGUACCUUAACCUUAGUUUGAACAAUCUUGAGCGGUUACCCUCGGGUUUAUUUUCCUCAUUGCCAAGCCUCAGGUCAGUGGAUCUCAGUUACAACAACGUUGACAUUUGCCGUGCCGAGGAAGCUGAGACCAGUACAGACACUAGCUCAGCUUGCGCAGAUUGGAAAGACAUUGCAUCCCUAAUGCAGCUUUACCUUAAGGGAUGCAACCUUACAAUUAUUCCAUCGUCUGCGUUCACUGGGUUGUCUCUAACGCACUUGGAACUGUCCGACAACCCUGGACUCAUUGUCCAAGAAUCAAUACAAAGUCUCAGCAGAACAUUGCAGCAUCUAGGUUUAGGAAACACUCAAAUACAAGAUUUAGACUUCUCCCAUUUGCACAGUCUUGAGUCUCUGAACAUUUCAAGGAACUCUCUUGGCUAUCUUCCCCCUUCACUUCUAAAUCUUGACCUGAAAGUGCUGGAUUUGAGGGACAACAGACUGUCCACUAUUCCCUCUAGUCAGGCAAACGCAUUAGCCCCCAAACUGCACACUGUUUUUCUCACAGGAAAUCCGUUCAACUGCUGCCAAACUGAAUGGUUCAGGACAUUUGAAACAACAAAGACAAUCAAUAUGGUCGGACGAUCAGACAUUGAAUGUGAAGAUGUCAUCCAAAUGACACACAGAGUGGAGCGCUACCAGACAUUUUUUUGUUUGGAGAAAGAUGGGGAAUCUAUAAUCUGGUAUCUUCUGCUUUUUGUACCCAUCUGUCUUUUUUUUGUGGGCAUUUUGAUCAUUGUUCUGCUCACCUUCAAGCCUAAAAUGCUACAAAAGUCAAUCAAAAAGAAUUGUUUGAAGCCUACAUCUUACUGAUACUUUAUAAACCUUAAACAAAUGUGUUUUGUACAGUGUAGUAUUGACAAAUGUAACUGAAUGUAUGUUGGCAAUAAAUUCAAUUAAUUGUAAAACUGUCUACAACAAUGAAGGAACAAUUCUAUGAUAUCUAUUCAAGUAAGGGGGCAUUAACUUUUUGGUAAUGAUGUGCUGUUGACGUGCGAUUAAAAAAACCAGACCCCUUGCCCGAUACCCUGAUAUAACAAUGUGGCUGCGUUCUUGUGUGUGUGUGUGUGUGUGUGUGUGUGUGUGUGUGUGUGUGUGUGUGUGUGUGUGUGUGUGUGGGUGUGUGUGAACAUAUGCAGAAGUAGUGUGAUGCAAGUUGUUGCGAUAAGCAGCAGAGGAAACAUGAAAUUUCCUGUUUUGCUAAGAUGUGCAGGAACUGCCCAGUGCAGAAUCUCAAAGAGGAGGGGUAUGAGGUUUCCUUCCCAUUACGGGGACACAGAUGCAACAUAGGCAUGAACUUUUAGUGUGUCAGAACAGCUAUCAUAAUAAACCUUACAAUCCCUUUUUUGUUUUACAGUUACAGUUGCACAGUAUGUGUGUUGUUUCUCAGGAGUCGGAGGCUGGUAGAUCAGUGUGUCGCUGUGCAUGGUGCAGAAGGCCUAACCAGAAAGUAACCAGAAUACCGCUGUGGUGAUGCUCAGGGUCAUGGUGGUUGGAACAUAAAAAAGAGAAACCGGAGUAAAGCUCUGCCAAAGCCAAGAAACUUCAUCAUUUUUACAUAUCUUUUAUGACAAAGUCAUCAGAGUCAAAACAUGUUUUUUUUUGGUGUUCAUCUGCAGAGCAGGGAGGAUACGUUUUGAGCAUGCACAUGGGUUCAACUCAGGGCAGCAGCUGACUACAGGUGGUGGAACAGGCUUGUGAGUUGAAGGUUUCUGUUUGAACAUCUUUAACCAAAAUGAAGUGAAGAAUAAGUAGUAAAACAAUGACUCAUCUUGCACUUCUGAAUUUAUUUCAACUUGAAAUCAGUGUAAGUCUACUUGAAGCAAAAGUAGCAAAUAUCUUGCUGGUAAGGUACAAAUUGAGGUUUUCAGUUUCUAUCAGGAAAUUAACAGCAGGUUCUGACAAAGCGGCUCAAGAGUCUGAUCCUAUUGGGAAAGACUUGACGUCAAGAAUUCAUCAUUUGCAGAAGGCCCUUUUCCACUGGUCACAGAUUGUUGACCAAGGGGAAUUUCAUUUGAUUACUCAGCUAUAUCAGGUCAGAAGUUAGAAGACAACUAUAUAAAAUAGGUUAGAGGACAUUCACACAACACGGCAGCCAAACUUUGAUAACUUUGUAUCUAACUUAUGUUAUGUUACGUGUAUAAAUGCAAUACAUGUGAUUGCACAAGCCAUAUUCAGUGGUGGCUGGGGAGAAAACAUAAACAUAAAUAUGAACAAGAAAAUUCCUAAAGAAAUUUUGACAGUG